GCUGCUGACAUCCUGUUCAGGCCCUUCUGUGGUUUGCAUGAUUCGGAGGCGAUGAUGACAAACUGUCAGAGAAAAAAAAUUCAGUUUAGGUGGAGCAGGACCUUUACAAUUAACCAAAGUAAACCGGACUGAAAGAUGCGCACUUACUGUGUACUUCUACACAUUUUUGCUGCUCUCCUCUUGUGUGAUUAUGGGAUGUUCUCCAAGCCGUCACCGUCUCCAUCAGAGAUGUCCACCACCUCAAUAUCAGCCACAUCUGACUCUCACACUACUGGGAUGACAACAGAAUCAGUAACUACUGGGAAUGACACGAGCUCGUAUACCUCUGAUGAAGAAGUGUCAGCUGAUUUUAAAGAUACAACUGAGAGCAGUGGAGAGGAUCCUGAAAAUGAUUUUAAAAGUCGGAAUGAAAGCGUCAGUGUAGUGAUCUCUUCAACCACACAUCCAUCGAGCACCACACAUCCAUCGAGCACCACACAUCCAUCGAGCACCACACAUCCAUCGAGCACCACACAUCCAUCGAGCACCACACAUCCAUCGAGCACCACACAUCCAUCGAGCACCAUACUUGUGAAGCACCAUAAAGAAGAAAGCAUAGGUUCAGGAAAGUUAACAGGAGGCAUCAUCAUUUUGGUAAUCAUCCUGAUCCUGAUUUUUUGUCUGCUUGGCAUUUUGUUUUUUCUGAGAAAGAAAGCAAGGAGUUACUCAUUUGAUCUUACUCGUGUCGAAGGACCUGGCAAUGAUUAUGACACCCCGCUCAAGAGCGACCAACAAGGCGUGAGCUAUGAACAAACCAACAAAGGCAAGUAUCUGCCUGUGUCUUUGAAUUUCAUACAAGAAGACAAGUCUGAGGAAAAGACCAAUUCGAUAGCAAACGGCUCUGCAGGAGAGAAACCCGAACAAACACCUACCAGUGAAAACGAUGCCCCAGAAGAGAACAGUUUGUCUUCAGACUCGAGCUCGUCUACGCCAGUGAAGAAAGUGGAGUUUAACCUGGAUCUGGAUCUGCUUGGGAGUGAAUCUGAAUUCAGUGGUCCGACCGAAGCCGAAGCAACAGAUGCGGCGCAGAAUGAAAACAACAAUAACGUCACUAAUGCUGGACGAGGAACAGCAGAAGAUAUCUUCACUGAAAUCAGUCUAGACGAGCCAAAGGAACAUGCAUAGCGUGUGUUUCCCAUCCAACAAUCAAGAUCUCUGGUCUAAAUAUAUGAUGCCUGGAUCCAGACUAUAUGAGUGCUACCGAGUCGGUAACACUUUAUAAUAACUGCACACUAUUAAUCAUUAAUUAAGCAUUAGUAAACAGAUAAUUCAUAAUUUAUAAAGCAUUAAUAGACAGUAAUAAGCAGUUUAUAAAUAAAGAUAUAAAUGCUUUAUUCUUUAUUUAAAAGCAUAUCUAUAAUGUGUUUAAUAAUUGUAUUUUCAUACUUUAUUCAUGAUCAAUGUAUCAUUUCUCAAUGAAGUAUAGCAUUAUUUACAAACCAGUUAUUUGGGAGUUGCCAGGGAUUCAUAAGAUCACAAGAAAUGUAGUAAAUUCAGGUAGUUAUAAAGCAUUUAGUAGUGGUCAGUUAACUAUUUAUGUGAGCUCAUCUAAAGUGAGGACUAGUUAUGCCUUGUAAAGCAUUUAUAAAGGAUAUUUAAAGGCUCAGUUAUCUUCUUAACAAAAAAACGGAAACAAACACAACACAGUGAUACAGAACAUAGAAAUAUUAACUUUAAGCUUUAGCUUUACAAGGCAUAAAUAGUCCUCACUUUAGAUUAGCUCACAAAAAUAGUUAACUAACAACUACAUUUGUUUUAUAACUACCUGCAUUAACCCUGAAUUACAGUAGAAAUACAUGUUAAUAAACCAUUUAUUAACACUAUAAGUAACUAUUACUAUAUGUCUGAAUAAAAAGAUGUAUGAAUGCACAUUUAAAUAGUUUAUUAAUAAUUUACUUACAAUUUCUAAGUGAUCUUAUGAACCACUGACAACUCCUUAAUAACUGGUGUGUAAAUAAUGCUAUACUUAAUUUAGAAAUGAUAAAUUAAUCAUUAAUAAAGUAUGAAAAACAAUUAUUAAAUACAUUAUAGAUAUGCUUUAGUACAGGUAUCUGUAUUUAUAAACUGCUUAUAAAUGUCUAUUAAUGCUUUAUAAAUGAUGAAUUAACUGUUUCCUAAUGCUUAACUAAUGAUUAAUAGCAUGCAGUUAUUAUAAAGUGUUACCAAAGAGUCCUUUUGACAUCCUCACUUCAAGUUUCAUCUAGCGUUAAAAAAGAUUGUAUACUGUACAUAAAAAAACAACAUUGAAUCAUUAAAGUUUAUGUAAAAAAUGUUAGCAUACGAAUGCUGUAUAAAAUAAUUUGUGGCUGUAAUAAACGUUCUCUGUGUAAUGCAA